UGGGACAGGCACCAGCCAUGAGGAUCCUGUACCUGCUCUUCCCCCUCCUGCUUCUGUUGGUGCAGGGUGCUGCAGGUUCCUUGCGGGGUCCGAAGAAUGAGCGACAAUGUAAGCGAGCAAACGGCUUCUGUGCGCUUCUGAGUUGCCCUUCUGGCUCCACCAUCACUGGGAAAUGUUCAACGCUUUACUUUUGUUGCAAAAUCACUUGGGGUUGA